AUGGAUUUUAUGCGAACACAGCCGCCUAUAAUGAAGGGCCAUUCCGACAAGAGCGGCUUUGAUACCCAUGAAGAGGGGAACAACAUCUUUAGCUACCAUGCCCCCGGUUGGCAGAUUCAAACCUCAAAGGCCUUCGACACUCAAGAAAGCAGUGUAAUCUCCGCAACCUAUAAUGCCAGCUAUGCCAUCCUGGGACUUGAGCCACCACCUAAACCGGUUCCGGGGACGCCACACCCUUUUUUCGUUACCAACGGCACACAUCCAGGUCUUUCAUGGAGAGGAGCUAGCUGGGCGGAUCGGUACGAGAUACUCGGGGAUAACGUGGGUUCCGGCGAAGUGUUUGUGCCGCUGGAUCCCCACGAACCUACGAAGCUUCUGAAGGUCCAGCCGGGCAAGCCGAAAUCGCAUGAGUCUCAUGGAGGGUGGGUGGAUAGGAAGUGGUGUGUCCCGGGCUCGACGUGCUGGAAAGCCAUGCACUUGUUCGACAAAGCCCAGAACGACUCCAUCGCCGAUUUCUCGACCUCCGGCAGAUCCAAAAAACUAUCCAAGUUCCACAUCAAUCCUCUCGCACAGUCAUCCGCCAAACCGAGCUACCAACUCCUCCCUUCAAUGUUCCCCACUAGCUCUUCAACCCGCAAACGCGCCUUCGAAGGCGCCUGGUAUUCCGUCCGUGCAAUCAACUCCGAUGGCGUGCCGGGAAAACUCUCUAGAGCUGUUUUCCUCAAGUCCAACUGGUUCAACUGGCAUUCCAAUAAAUGA